AUGGCAAUGUCAUUCACAAUGAGUCUAAACUUCCUCCUUUUAGUAGCAAUGGUUGCCACCAAUAUCCUCUCUCUCUACCACCUCUCCUCCACCACCUCUUUCCUUCGCCCUAAACCACCUUCCCCCACCACCACCGCCGUCCCCCAACACCUCCUACGCCAACUCCAUACCAUACGCGCUACUAUUAACCACCUCACUCGCCUCCACCCUGAUAAAAAACCUGCUUCCACAAACCCCACUAACAAAAUCCCACCCCCUUCAGAUCUCCUCAUCUUCUCUAAUCUCUCCCCUAUUGCCUCCUCUUGCCAUGACUACCCCGACCUACUACACAAGUAUAUGAACUACACCCCGUUUUCAGUGUGUCCGAAAGAUUCUCAGCUAGCUGAAUCACUGAUUCUCAGGGGAUGUCAUCCGCUUCCUCGUCGUCGGUGCUAUUCGCGGACGCCUUCAAACCCGAGGUUGUCGAAUCCGGAUUCGAAUGUGAUCUGGGGUUCUUACUCUUCUGCUACUUGUAGGAGUUUCAAAUGCUUGAACCCUAAGCUGGGUUUUGAUCCAAAUCUUGAUUCCACCCAGUUUUUGGCUUACAAAUCUGAUCUUGAUCUCACAAUACCACAGCUUGUUGACAUUGCUAAGCGGGCAAAUUCCGUGAUUCGGUUAGGGGUUGAUGUCGGUGGCGGGACUGGGACCUUUGCGGCUAGGAUGAAGGAGAGGAAUGUGACUGUUUUGACUACAACUAUGAAUUUGGGUGCUCCUUAUAGUGAGUUUAAUGCUAUUAGAGGGGUGGUGCCAUUGCACGCGCCACUCCAGCAGCGAUUGCCGGUUUUCGAUGGGGUUGUUGACUUGGUUCGAUGUGGGCACGGUGUAAAUAGGUGGAUCCCGACGACGGCAUUGGAGUUUCUGUUGUUUGAUGUGGAUAGAGUGUUGAGGGGUGGUGGUUUUUUGUGGGUUGAUCAUUUCUUCUGUAAAGGGGGUGAUUUGGAGAAGGUUUAUAAGCCUUUGAUUAAUAAGUUAGGGUAUAAAAUUGUGAAGUGGGCUACUGGAAGUAAGAUGGAUUCCAGUGGGGUGAAGAAUGGAGAGGUUUAUUUGACUGCUCUUUUGCAGAAACCCAAGUCAAGAUGAUUAUAAAAAAGCUGAUUUUCUUUCUUACUUUCCUUUAUAAGAGGUGUAUCAAGUGUAGAAUACUCAGUCUAUUACACGAGUUCCUCCAGAGAAGUGUGGGUACCCAAGCUCAGCUUCUGAAAUGUCUCGACUUUGGACAACAAAUGUCAAAACUCUUUGAAUUUGUGCUAUACUUAAAAGGCGUUUGAUCAUAGGUACCCAAAGAAGGGAACAUCUCAUGAAGGAAAAUGCUGGUCCAAAACAGAUCAUACCGAUGUUAAUUCUUUUUUCUUUUUCUUAUUGCUCAGAAUUACUUUAGGGCAUUCCUGCUAUGCUUAGAAAUAAAUAGAAUUGUGUAAUAGAGCAUCAUUUUUUGAUAAUUUAUGUUAAUGACAGUGAACAUGAUGGUGAGUAAAUUUGUUGUACGGUUGCCAAGACGGCGAAGCAGAAAAGGGCAGUUCCCUAUUGAAACACCAAGCAAAGAAGAGAAAAAAUGUCAUAGUUGCUGAAA